AUGUUUGGACGUCACCUCCUACACAAACGGCGUUCGGGAAACACAUAUCCUGAAGGUCGCGCCCUGCCGCAUAUCGUGUGGGACUUGUAUCGCAACGGUUGCAGUGUGCGGUUUCUGAACCCGCAAGCGUUCAUCCCGGACAUUCACAGGAUCAAUUCGGAACUGCAGGAGAAGCUGGGGUUUGUUGGGUGCAACCUGUAUCUGACACCGGCCGGGUCACAGGGGUUUGCGCCCCAUUACGAUGACAUCGAGGCGUUUGUGCUGCAGAUUGAGGGAUCCAAACACUGGAAGGUCUAUGCUCCUCUAUCUGAAGCGGAGACAUUGCCAAGGUAUUCGAGUAAAAAUCUAUCGGAAUCGGAUCUUGGGCCACCGAUAAUCGAUUGUGUUCUGAAUCCGGGAGACUUGCUGUUCUUUCCUCGAGGCUUCGUUCACCAGGCCAAAACCACGGAUGAGCAUUCACUACACAUUACAUUGUCCGCCUACCAGUGUACGGCCUACAUUGAUAUGUUUGAGAAGGUUAUUCCAAAUGUUCUGAAAGAAGCAGCUUCCAAAUCGGUGAAACUGAGAGAAGGGCUUCCUUUAAAUUAUGCGCAGACGUUUGGAAUCACAAGGAAUUCAAAAUACUCGGAUGCGCGGUCAAUAUACAAACAGAAAUUGAAAGAAAUGUUGCAUGAUUUGGUGGAGAAUAUGGACUAUGAUGCGGCAGUCGAUGAGUUUGCAGCUGUCAAACUGCACGACGAUUUGCCGUUGUACCUGACUGAUGGUGUAAAAAAAUGUACAGUAUUUGGAAAUAGGAACACGAUAGAUCCUGAUGGUAAAGUUAGUAAAGUUGUUCAGUUACAGCUUGAUUCAAAAGUUUCCUUACUUCAACUGAAUAUUUGUAGGUUAGUGAAAGAGGAUGAGCGUUAUCUGCUGUACCAUUCCAUGAGCAACUCCCUGGAAUACCAUGAAAGAGACAGGGAAUUCUUGGAGGUUCCCGAGGAUAAUAUUGAGGCUGUGAGACGUCUUUUCCACUCCUACCCGAAUUAUGUGAAAGUUGCCGAUCUGCCCAUAGAUGAUGAUGAAGCCAAG